UAGGAAAAAUAAAAUGGCAGGAGAGGUGGGAUGGUUCAUGAAGGAGGAGGAGGCGGGGGGUGGGGGGCUUUUUGGAAUCAGCAGCACUAUUAAAGGCACGGGGUUGAGAUAGACGGCAGACUGUUUGGGUGAGUCACACUGUGGAGGAGAGGAGAUCAUUCAGGAUGCCAGAGCCAGUCAAAAAAGCAGUUUCAGCAUUUGCAAAGAAACCAAAGACUCAGGAGGCAGAGGAGGGGGCCUCUGUGGUCUUUGAAGCAGAGACAGAGAAGCCUGAUGCUAAAGUAAAAUGGCAGUGCAACUCAAAGGACAUUGCCAGUGGCGACAAAUAUGUGAUCACAGCCGACGGAAACAGGCACUCCCUCGCUAUAAAAGCUAUUACCAAGGAAGAUGCCAAUGUCUAUGCGGUGAUUGCUGGGGGGUCAAAGGUCAAGUUUGACCUGAAGGUUGUUUCAAAGCCAGCUGAGACCCCUGCUGAUGCACCUGGGGAGUCCGGUGUAGAACCAGAACAGGCUCCUGCUCCGUCUGCAGCAGCACCCACAGAGGACCAGACCGCUGCCCCAACACGUGAUGCUCCUCCAGCUGAGGACGGACAGCCUCCGGACACCAGACAGGACCUGACUGGACUGUUCACAGAGAAACCCCAGAGUGGGGAGGUCAAUGUAGGUGAAAACAUCACAUUUGUGGCUAAAGUGAAUGCUGAGUCAUUGCUGAAGAAACCCACCAUCAAAUGGUUCAAAGGGAAGUGGAUGGACCUCGCCAGCAAGUCUGGAAAACACCUGCAGCUAAAGGAGACAUAUGACCGCAGCAGUAAGGUCUACACGUUUGAGAUGCAAAUCAUCGCAGCCAAGCCUAACUUUGCUGGAGCUUACAGAUGUGAGGUUACAUCCAGGGACAAGUUUGACAGCUGUAAUUUUGAGUUGGCUGUACAUGAGGCUUGUGCUGCUGAAGGGUUCGACAUAAGAGCAGCUUUUAGGCGCACGAGUGAAUCCGGUAAGAAGAGAAGUGGACCACCAACAAGUAGUACAGAUGGAAAGGAAGACUCGGGAGAGCUGGACUUCAGUACCUUAUUAAAAAAGAGAGACAGUUUCUUAAAAUCCUCAAAUCGAGCCGUCCAGGUGAGCACAGAGCCGGACCUGGACGUGUGGGAUAUUCUCAGCCAUGCGCCUUCUUCAGAAUAUGAGAAGAUUGCUUUUCAGCACGGCAUUACCGACCUGAGAGGCAUGCUCAAGAGACUGAAGAAGAUGAAGAAAGAAGAGAAGAAAAGUGCAGCUUUCCUCAAAAAGAUGGAUCCUGCUUACCAAGUGACAAAAGGACAUAAAAUAAAACUGGCCGUUGAGGUCGCCAAUCCAGAUGUUGAGGUGAAAUGGCUGAAGAAUGGACAAGCAAUUCAACCAACUGGAAGCAAGUACAUCUUUGAGAGUGUUGGCAACAUGCGCUACCUCACCAUCAACCACUGCUCCUUGGCAGAUGAUGCAGCAUAUUGUUGCGUGGUGGGAGAGGAGAAAUGCACCACUGAGCUCUUUGUUAAAGAGCCUCCCAUCAUGAUUGUGAAGAAUCUGGAGGAUCAGAUGGUCAUGAAGGGUGAGCGGGUGGAGUUGGAGUGUGAAGUCUCAGAGGAAGGAGCCAAUGUUAAAUGGGAGAAAGACGGUGUGGAAUUAACAAGAGACGAGUCUUUCAAGUAUCGCUUCAAGAAAGAUGGCUGUAAACAUGUCCUGAUAAUUAAUGAGGCCACAAAAGAAGACUGCGGCCACUACAAGGUUAAAACGAACGGUGGCGAGUCUAUGGCUGAACUCUUGGUGCAGGAGAAAGACCUGGAGGUCUACCAGAGCAUUGCAGACCUCACAGUGAAGGCAAAGGAUCAGGCGCUGUUUAAGUGUGAGGUGUCGGAUGAGAAUGUGAGGGGAACCUGGUACAAGAAUGGUGUAGAAGUCAAGCCCGAUGCCAGAAUAAAUAUCACACAUAUUGGCAGGAUCCACAAACUGACCAUUGAUGAGGUCAAACCAGAGGAUGAGGGAGACUACACUUUUGUGCCAGAUGGCCACGCCUUUAACCUUUCUGCUAAACUCAACUUCCUGGAGGUGAAGAUUGAUUAUGUGCCGCGCCAAGAUCCUCCUAAGAUCCACCUAGACUGUAUGGGUCGCACUGCCGAGUCAACCAUUGUAGUGGUGGCUGGCAACAAACUGCGUCUGGAUGUCCCUAUCACUGGAGACCCUGCACCCACAGUGAUCUGGACCAAAGGAGAGAAGGCUAGUUCGGUAAAACCUGACGGAGAGAAGAAAGAAGGGCCGACAUCUUCUUGGACACUGAACGAUGGGGAAGUCGUCACAGACGGAGACGGCAGGAUCCAUGUGGAAACCACCAAAGGACACUGUGUCUUCACCAUCGAGGGGGCAGAGAGGCAGGACGAGGGAAUCUACUCCGUUGUGGUUCGAAACCCCGCUGGGGAGGACACUGCAGAUAUCAACGUGAAAGUUGUCGAUGUUCCAGAUCCUCCCCAGGCUCCCAGAAUCCUCAGCGUGGGAGAGGACUCCUGUGUAGUCCAGUGGGACCCCCCUCUGUUUGAUGGUGGACAGCCAGUUAUUGGCUACGUGCUGGAGAGAAAGAAGAAGAAGAGCUACAGGUGGAUGAGACUGAACUUUGACCCUUAUCCGGACACAACCUAUGAAGCCAAGCGGAUGAUUGAAGGAGUGGAGUACGAGAUGCGAGUCUAUGCUGUCAACGGCAUUGGCUUGUCUCGUCACAGUUCAGCUUCACAGCCUUUCGUGCCAAUCGCCCCCACAAGUGAGCCCAUUGGACUCUGUGUCGAUGACAUCAGUGACACUUCCAUCUCUCUGAAGUGGCGGCCGCCUGAGAGGAUCGGCUCAGCUGAACUCGAGGGUUAUGGGGUUGAGUACUGCAAGGAGGGCACAGAUGAAUGGAUACCAGCCAUUCAGGGUCUGACUGACCGGACAUCAUUGACCAUCAAAAAUCUCACCACCGGAGACAAGCUGCAGUUCCGUGUGCGGGCCUACAACAUGGCGGGACCCAGUGUUCCCACCACUCUGGCUCAGCCUGUCACCAUCAGAGAGAUAAUGCAACGCCCUAAAAUUUGGCUCCCCAGAAAUCUCCGCCAGACUCUUAUCAAGACAGUUGGAGAAAUUGUCAAUCUUGUGAUUCAAUUCCAGGGUAAGCCCAGGCCAAAGGUCACAUGGAGCAAAGACGGGGAGCUUCUGAGCCCCACAUUCGCUAGUGUCAGGAACAGCGAUACGGAUACGAUCCUCUUCAUCCGCAAGACAGAGAGAAAACACUCUGGGAAGUAUGAACUCCAGGUGCAGAUUGAGAACAUGGAAGACACAGCAAGUAUCACACUGCAGAUUGUUGAUCUUCCAGGGCCCCCUCAGGCUCUGAAGAUCACAGAUAUCUGGGGCUUCAAUGUGGCACUCGAGUGGAAGCCGCCGAAGGACAACGGUAACUGUGAAAUAACUGGUUACACCAUUCAGAAAGCUGACAAGAAGACCAUGGAGUGGUACACAGUCUACGAGCAGUACAGGCGAACCAACUGCGUCGCGUCUGACCUCAUCAUGGGGAAUGAGUAUGUCUUCCGAGUCUUUGCCAUCAACCUGGUGGGUCUCAGCCCAGAGCCCUGCAACACAGCAGACAGCGCUUACAUCCAGAAAACAGGUAUUGAGUACAAGCCGCCCACCUACAAGGAACAUGACUUCUCACAGGCUCCCAAGUUCACACAUCCGUUGGUGAACCGUUCUAUCAUAGCAGGAUACAGCACGACCCUCAGCUGCUCUGUCAGAGGAAUGCCAAAGCCCAAAGUGACCUGGUACAAAAACAAGAUGGACAUCUCGAAUGAAGCCAAAUACCGGAUGCUCAGUAAACAAGGUGUUCUGACGCUGGAGAUCCGUAAGCCCUGUAUGUUCGAUGGAGGAGUGUAUAUGUGCAAAGCAGUCAAUGACAGCGGAGAGGACAUAGUGGAGUGUAAACUGGAGGUCCGCCCUCAAGUUGCUAAAGAAGAGAAGAAGUGAGGAGGUUGGAGCUGCUGACUGAAGAGAAGAUCAAUUUGUCUCCUGCAUGUUGACUGUUUUUGUGUCACGACAAACUCUUCACCUGCAUCACAAAUCCUUUUUUGUGUUUGCACCACUUUAAUCUUCUGGAAUCAUCAUGUAUCUUCGUCACUGUUGUGUUAGUAUCAUGUGUACCACUGGAUUACUGAAUUCUACUCUCAUUUAGUAGAGUAGAGAUUAAUGGAUAAUUGUGUCCAGUAAAUAUGCAUAAUAGUCAAAGAAGGUAGCAAUGUCAUCUUGUUUCUCAUUCUUUUCAGCUGAUCUAAAGAAAUGGAUUGCAGUGUUUGGAUUUUUUUGUGUGCUUACAAAGGUCAAUAUAUAUCCUUCAAAAACAC